GCUGAGUGCAGCCCUCGGGGUCUAGCAAGAUGACCAUUGUGGUGGACGACAUCAUGAAGCUGCUAUGCUCCAUGGCCCAGGAGAGGAAAAUGAAAGCGGCCGUCAAGCACUCUGGAAAGGGGGCCCUGGUGACAGGGGCGGUGGCCUUCGUUGGGGGUUUGGUUGGCGGCCCACCUGGACUAGCUGUUGGUGGGGCUGUCGGGGGCCUGUUGGGCGCCUGGAUGACAAGUGGACAGUUUAAGCCAGUUACUCAGAUCUUAAUGGAACUGCCCCCUGCUGAGAAACAGAAGCUCUUUAAUGAAGCCAGUGCCAUCGUCAGGAACUUGGACUGGACGGAUGCCCUGCAGCUCACCAUGUUGGUCAUGGGCAGCGAGGCCCUGCAGCAGCAGCUGAUGGCUAUGCUGGUGACAUAUGUCACCAAGGAGCUGGGGGCCGAGAUUCGGUAUGAGGACUAGGCUGCGCCUCCUGGGGUCGUGGGGGUUUUCACGUACUUCCAUGAUUGUGCGACUCCCAGAAGGUGGCCGAGGAGGAGAGGAAGGCUGGCGGGUCCCCUGAGAAACCUGCCCGUCGCCAGCGGCCAGUGCACGCAUCUUAAGAGGCUCCUGCUGUGCCGCGUCCACUGUUUCAGCAGGUGCCGCCACUUAGGGACACGUGUGUUGGCUCGUGAGCUGCCGCAGCCAGGCAGCUCCUCUCUGGGACACUGCGGAACUCAGGAUAAGACUGCUGCUGGCCUCGGUGGGUCUCAGAGGGCCCUCGCACUGAUGUGGGUCUGUGUUCAGCAGGCAGACUGCUCCUCGGCCACGGCUCCUGCAGGCUCCUGCCUCAGGCCUGGACACCCCCCCCCCCCCCCGGCCUCAGAGUCAUGGGGCUCAGAACCAGCUCCUGCCAGAAUCAAGUUUACCUCCUUAGCAUGCCCAUUCUCUGCCCAGGGGCUCUCCGCUAGUCUGAUGGGGAGGAUGGUUGGCUGAACACCAAGGUAGUCUUUUAAACGUUUUAUAUUUAAUUCUGGCUCCUCAGGUAGCCUAAGCUAAUCUCACUCACAUAUCUACUUUUCUGAGAUGAAAUCUCGUUAUUUUUGUCCAGGCUGGUUUCAAACUCCUGGGCUCAAGUGAUCUUGCCACGUAGUUGGGACUGCAGGUUUAUGACUGACACCUUACCCAGCUUUGCCUCAAAGACUUCAGCUCUAAGCCACUCGAUCUCAAGUCCUGAGUCACUUCUUCCCUUUUCCUCCCUCUCAGCUGACCACAGUGUAUGUUUCACUUAUGUGAAAAGACAAAACAAAUUGGGUUUAAAGGUCUUAGUUGAGCUUAUGUGCCAUUCAUUAUACCUACCCGCCGUCCCAGCUGAUUGGGAGUCUGGCGCAUCGUUGAGCCCAGGAGCUCGAGGCCAGCCUGGGCAACAUAGUGAUAGGUAGGCAGGUAGGUAGCUAGAUCUUGGUUGGCCUUUACUUGUGGUCAAUCAUAGACUUGUGAUGGAAUGAGUGUUUGAUGAGCCAAGCAUUCAAGGCAAGCAGAAAUCAGAAACGGAACCAAAAGUGCAUUGUGUCAGACUUCAUUUUCCUGCCUCACAUCACCCCAGCCAAAACUGGCUUGUUAGUGAUUUGGGUAGCUCUCCCAUAUUCCCCCAUGAGAGCAGGAAUGGCUCCAUUCUGACAAGUAGCUUUUUUUUUUUUUUUUUUCUUACGGUGUUGAGGAUUGAACCCAGGGCCUUGUGCAUGCUAGGCAAGAGCUCUACCUCUGAGCCAUGCCCCCUGCCCCUCACUGGCAGAUUCUUGGCGAGUCUCUAGAGCUGAGCCUCGCCCCCAGCACUUGAGGGAUUUGGUUUUGGUUUGGCCAGCUGAAACGAAGGAUGUCAUAUAAAUUUACCACUUGUUACUUCUUCUUGUCCCCUGUUCACGUUAGAGAUGCAAACUCAAGAAGGACAGCAAUCCGUCACGUUUGUCACAACUGUCUUCUGCGUAGCGUGCUGCCCUGCAUGCGGUGUGCACGCGAUCCUUUUUAAGUUCAUUUUUCAUUGUUUGAAAGUGGCUUUGUUUUAGCCCAGGCUGGCUAAAGAACUCAUGAUCCUUCUGCUUUCACGCUCUUGGGGGCCGAGAUUACAAGCAUG